AUGGCCCCCGAACCUUCCUCCUUGAGUCAGGUACCACAAGGGCUUGUUGGGGGCUACGAAGGGGACAGCACCGUUAUCAAGGUGAUCAUGGGCGUCUUGGUUGCCAUCGUGUUGUACAAUGCAGUCGAACUCACGGUCCUCAUCCUCAUGACAUUUCGUCGCUACCAGGGUCUCUACUUUUGGUCUCUGACGCUUUCCGCGACUGUCGGGCUUAUAGCCAGUGGCAUCGGUAAUCUUCUACACUUCUUCGACAUUGGGCCGUUGAGUUUGGCCCUUGCACUAUCUAAUAUAGGGUUCUACUUCCUGGUUCCCGCCCAAUCCGUGGUUCUAUACUCGCGACUCCACUUGGUCCUUUUCAAUCAGCGACUCUUACGUUUUCUCCUCCGCGCAGUGAUCCUCAGCGGUAUCGUCUUUGCCAUCCUAGUGACGAUUAUGUCAUUCGGCUCAGCCUUCAAGCAGACCGGCCCGUGGAAUGCAGGUUAUAAAGUCGUGGAGCGGCUGCAAGUGACCUGGUUCUGUGUGCAAGAGUUCGUUAUCUCCAUGCUCUACAUCCGGGAGACUAUCAAGCUACUCCAGCUUCACCCUGCGAGUAACAAGCGUCGAAAAAAUACCAUGUACCAGCUGUUGGCCAUCAAUAUCCUUGUCAUCGUCAUGGAUAUCCUCGUUGUCGCGAUCGAGUUCAUCGGCUUGUAUUAUAUGCAAGUCUUGUUGAAGGACACCAUUUACAGCAUUAAACUCAAACUUGAAUUUGCUGUACUUGGAAAAUUAACUACAAUUGUGGAGGCUGGUCAUACUGAAUAUCUUUUGUAA